GUGCGUAGAGCAGCGGUCGAGCUCGGGCUGCCAACCCCGGGCCCGCCGGUGCCAUGGACGGCCUGCGCCAGCGCUUCGAGCGCCUUCUGGAACAGAGGAACUUGGCCACGGAAGCGCUAGGGGCUCUCGAAGCCAAGACAGGCAUCGACAAGCGGGGCCGCCACUCUGCUAAGCCUGUAUCUUCUCUUCGGCUUCGGGGCGUCUCUACUGUGCAAUGUAAUCGGCUUUGUGUACCCAGCGUAUGCUUCAAUCAAAGCAAUCGAGAGCCCAAGCAAAGACGACGACACUGUGUGGCUCACGUACUGGGUGGUGUACGGCCUGUUCGGGCUGGCCGAGUUCUUCAGCGAUCUACUCCUGUCCUGGUUCCCUUUCUACUACGCGGGCAAGUGCGCCUUCCUGUUGUUCUGCAUGAUUCCCGGGCCUUGGAACGGGGCGCACAUGCUGUAUCACCGCGCCGUUCGUCCGCUGUUUCUAAAGCAUCACGAGGCCGUGGACAGCGUCGUGAGGGACUUCAGCGGGCGAGCUCUGGACGUGGCAGCCGGAAUAACCCGGGACGCCAAAGCAAGCAUGACCCAGCUCCAGAAGGACAAGUGAAAGCCGCGCCCCACCUCUACAAACAGCCGUCGGCUGGCGAGCUGGGGGGCACAUCACAGCCCAAGUCCUCCACGGAUUCCUCAGCUUACUCCCGGGUGGAGUCCGCCACCAGCCCCUCGUCCCCCAGCAAGCCAGCCCCCGGGAGCUCCUCACACAGCCAGUCCCCGCUGCGCUCCCCGGCCAGCGCCUCCCAGUUGCCUGGCAAGUCCCGGGGCCCGCCUCGGCCCCGAGACAGCUCCUCCAACCAGCCCCCCCUGGCUGCCAGCCAGCAGCAAGCCCGGUCGUCCAUCACCUCCUCAGGCCGACCCCAGCCAGCCCGCGAGUCCUCAGGCUCCGCCGUGCUGCGCCCCAGCACCUCCUCCAGCCAGGCGCCCCACGUCAUGCCGUCCCCCAGCGGUGCCACCAUCCCCACGCAGCCCCCCAACAAAACCUCGGAUGGGCCCGAGGACCUGGCCCCCAAGGCCUCCAAGUCCAGAAGCCAGCAGGAGAAGGGGUCCCCAGCGCAGCCCCACGGUGGCAGCUCGGGCACCGAGCUGCCUGUCCCCUGCCAGUCCGAGUCCUCUCUGGAGUACACCUCCGAGUCUACCACGGAGGUCACCUGCAGCUGGCCCCACCCCAGGCACAAGCUCUGGUACCUGCAGCACUGCUGGAGGCUGAAACAUCUGGCCUGCUAGCAAGCACUCAAUAAAGUUCAC